AUGUCCCUUUCUCGGUCACCCUCACCCCACCCGGCGGGCGGAGGGUGGUCCAGUCCGGGCCUCACGACAGGCAGUGGCAGUUCGACACCACACAGUGGCUUUUUGUCGCCGAACCCGUUAGGUCCUAGCGGGAUCUCGUGGGCCGCCGCCAAAGCGAAGAGCGACGAGGUUCGAGGGUAUCCGUCUUUUUCUACGAGGAAUAAUGGCUUCUUUUCCCGGUCGAAACGUCGCAUCUCGGCCACCCUGCCGAGUUUUCGUGUAGGCUCCAGGUCGCCGAAUGGCUAUAUUGAUAAAGACGAUUUUGGACGCGGCCGACCAUUCUCAUCGGGGGGAGGUUGGCGUUCCUGUGGAUUCGGCAGAACCAUGUUGCGCCGCAGACGGCUACGGUUGUUGAUGGCCCUGAUUCUGGUCCUGGUUGGAUAUUUGGUCUUUUGGACAUCUUUCAUCGAGCGCUAUCGACGAUCAUCGUUUGGCGGCGGAAGCAAAUUCGUAAUCAUCCUCGAAUCCAAUGUAGAGGGCGGCGUGAUGGAAUUAAAGGGAGCCCGCGAGUGGGCGGUGGAGCGCAACAGCAUCCGAAAUAAGCAAGAAUAUGCAAGACAGUGGGGAUACGAGUUGGAAGUGGUGAAUAUGUUGGCCAAGAAGCGGUAUUCGCAUGAAUGGCGCGAAAGCUGGGAGAAGGUCGAUAUUAUCCGGGAGACCAUGCGCAAGUAUCCCCACGCGGAAUGGUUUUGGUGGGUGGACCUCAAUACGUGGAUCGUAGAGUACUCCUACUCCCUGCAAGACCACAUUUUCAACCGCCUGGGCGAGAUUUCGUACCGGGAUAUCAAUGUCUACAAUCCGUUGAAUAUCAGCCACCCGCCGACGGGGGCGUAUCUUGAUGAUGCCUCGCGCUCACCGGUGGGCGAUGGAGACCCAUCAUCAAUUCAGAUGGUGCUGUCGCAAGAUUGCAGUGGUUUCAGUUUGGGUUCCUUCUUCAUGCGACGCUCGGUGUGGUCGGAGCGUCUGCUAGACAUCUGGUGGGAUCCCGUCAUGUAUGAACAGAAACAUAUGGAGUGGGAGCACAAGGAACAGGACGCCCUGGAAUACUUGUAUACGAAUGAGCCGUGGAUCCGCAGCCAUGUUGGAUUCCUGCCUCAGCGGUAUAUGAACUCGUAUCCGCCUGGCGCCUGCGGGGACGGGGGCGAUCCAGAUAUCCACUUCGUGGAAGGCGCAGGUGACUUUAUGGUGAAUUUGGCGGGCUGUGACUUUGGCCGCGACUGCUGGUCAGAGAUGUGGGAGUAUCGCCGCAUCAGCCAGGCGAUCAACCGGCCAUGGCGGGAGCGCGCACAUCCAUCUCUCGAAUCCGAGAUCACCACUUCGCAACGCCCUCCCCGCGUCUCAGACCCCGGCCAAACCUCCCACCCCCGAAGAAUCCUCCAAAUCCCGCGAAAAAACAAAAACAAAAAGUCCGCCAAAAUGCCUACCCCCGAGUCCGCCGCCUUCCUCGCCAAGAAGCCCACCGUGCCCCCGACCUACGAGGGCGUCGACUUCGAAGACAACGUCGCCGUCCACAAUGCCCGUGACGCCAUUAUCCGUGAGCAAUGGGUCCGCAGCAUGAUGUCUCGUCUCGUCGGUGAAGAAUUGGGAAAGUGCUAUGCGCGCGAGGGUGUCAACCAUCUGGAGAAGUGUGGGGCUUUGAGAGAGAAGUACUUUGAGCUGCUGAAGGAGCGCAAGAUUAAGGGUUAUCUGUUCCAGGAGAAGAACUAUUUCGAGAAGACUGCUUAG